UUUUCGUGACAAUAGUAAAGUUCAAGUGCACAAGCUAAUUGUAUCCAAUCAAUAUGAGGUAUCUGGUGGCGUUAACCUUGGCUGUUUUGUCCAUCUGCGCCUAUACUGUGUCAGCACAAAGUCACAAUGUAACCUGGGGAGCGAUUGGCCAAUACGAUAUCCUUUUGGACAGCCAAGUGGUUCAGGAGAAAUAUAAAUUUUUGCGAGUAGUCAGCGAGGAUUUUACUUUCCCUACAAAGGGUCGUACCAAUUAUUACACAAUUACCGCGGUUCGCUGCAUUGACCAGUACACUAACGGCAAUGGUGGUUAUGCGACCUUAGUGAGUGGCGGCCCAGGAGCUAAGAAUGUUACGAUUCAUUUGAAAUCGAAAAGGGAUCAUGGCUUCAAUUUCCUCAUUCAAAUCUACGGACGAUAUUAGUGAAAUGUGGUUGGAGAUGCGGCAGCUUUGAAAACAAAAUAUCCUAAAAACCCUUAAUGGAAAUAAACCAUGAAAAUUUCA